AUGGCGGGGCUCUUCUGGAGGCAAUUUGGGAUCUUGUUCUGGAAGAAUUGGAUCGUUCUGUCUAAACAUCCUGUUCUCAAUCUAGUGCGAUGCUUCAUCCUGCCGGUGGCUUAUGGCAUCUUCCUGGCGACCGCCCAAUUGUUCUUGAUCAAGCCCAACAAUAACGGCCUCGGGACAGCCGUGCCUAUCCCGACGCUGAGGGACACCUACGAUGCCUCCCUGGCCUUCGUCUGGGCCGACGGAACCAACGGCACGAACUCUCCGACACCAGAGGAAAUCAUGGCGCGCGUUACGGCUGGCUUCAGCGAUAAGCAACUCGGCAGCGUGAAGAAAGCAGCAUCCGUUGCAGACAUACCCAAGCUAUGUCCCCAGAACUUCAACUUGUUCUCCGAGUGUUUUGUGGCCAUUGCUUUCAAUGAUAUACCGGAAGGUCUCAAUGACCCCGUCAACUACACUAUCAGAGCAGAUGCUGGCUUGUUUCAUAUUGAUGUUGAACGUCACACGAGUGACUUUGAGCAGAGGAUACUACCUCUGCAAUGGGCUGUGGAUGAGGCCAUCAUACAACUGAGAACCGGUAUACAAACUCCCGUGCCAAUGGAAUGGCCGUUUACGCAAGCCACUAAUGAGGAACAAUCUCGGGAUAUUCGACUAAGUUAUAUUAGAGGCCUACGGACAUUAUUAGUUCUGGCAUUGUUUAUUUGUUUUGUCGGCAUCGCAUAUCAACUCCCCGGAUCCGUGGCCAGUGAAAGGGCGGAAAUGCUGACUGCCCAUCUCAAGGCUAUGGGACUCAUGGAUUCAGCCCGGAUACUUUCAUGGCAUGUCAGUAUCUCAUUAGCCUACCUCCCUGCGUGGAUCAUCGUUGGGCUGAUCUGGCAUUACCGCAUCUUCACCGCGUCCAACGCAGGCCUUAUUCUCGUCGUCCACCUGCUUCUCGGCGUCUCCCUGGCCAGCUGGUCGUUCUUCGUCGCGGCGCCUUUCGGGAAGAGCCCGCAACUAGCGGCGGUAGUGACGACGUUUCUGUCGAUACUCCUCGCGAUAUUAGCGCUUGUAUUCGGUCGAGCGAGCAGUGGUGCGGCGUUCGUAUUCAGCGUCGUAUUCCCGCCUGGGUACUACAUCUUUGCCAUCCGCGCCAUCUGCGGCUUCGAGAACCAUCUACGCCCCGCCAAUCUCCUAGAACCGGAUCCCGAUAAUCAGCUCCGCCUUCUGCCACUGAUCAUCGCAGCCAUCAUCGACGUAUUCAUUUGGCCGUACUUUGCGGUCCUCCUUGAGCGCCGGCUCUACGACCCCCGUGAGCCCACGAACUCCUGGCGGUUCUGGAGGCGCCGCGCCCGCGGGCCCGUCGAGCCCCCAGCGGAGGGCAUCGCGAUAUCCAUCAAAAACCUGCAGAAGACGUUCUCCACCUCGAUGUUCGGGAAGGGAAACACAGUCACUGCCAUAAAGGACCUCAGCUUCGCCGUGCCGAAGUACGGCAUCUACGUCCUGCUGGGAUCGAAUGGCGCGGGCAAGUCGACGGCGCUGUCUGUUAUUGGGGGCCUCGCUGGACGGACGGGCGGGUCCGUGACGUUCGAGGGCGCCCUGGCGCGCCCGCCUCGAGGCACGCUCGGGAUCGUCCCGCAGAAGAAUGUGCUGUUCCCCGAGCUAACGUGUCUUCAGACCCUCCGCGUGUGGAGGGCCGUCAAGCGGUCGGACGGCGCACCGAAGGACGAGGACUUGGAGCAGCUGCUGCGCGAUUGUGAUCUCGAGAGCAAGAUGCACGCUCGCUCGGUCGCGAUGUCGGGUGGUCAGAAGAGGAAGCUGCAGCUGGCGAUUGGCCUCGUCGGUGGAUCCAAGGUUCUUCUCGUCGACGAGUGUACCUCCGGCGUCGACCCCCUAUCCCGUCGGGCUCUAUGGAAGACAUUGACCUCGGUGCGAAAUGAGAGGACGGUCAUUUUCACCACACAUUUCCUCGACGAAGCCGAUCUCCUGGCCGAUCGCAUUGCUAUUCUGGCCGCGCCAGGCAAGCUUGUUGCGGAGGGCACGCCUGUCGCUCUGAAGCGCGAACUGGGCGAAGGGUACAGCGUGCAAGUGCACUUCUCCGCCUCGCUGCCCGCAGAAAAGCUGCAGGCGUCGUGUGCUGAACUCCUGGACCGCGUGCGCUCGAUAGCUGCAGCAACAUAUCUUACGACGUCCUCUCCCUUUCUGGUCUGUUUUCAUCUGAAAACUAGGGAUCCCGCUGCGGUCGAGCAGGUGCUUCGAUUGCUGGAAGAAGAGAAGCAAGUUUCGGGGAUCGCUUCCUACGAAGUGCUCGGGACAUCUGUCGAAGACAUCUUCUUGGACCUGAUGGCGCGUCACGACGAUCAUCCGGGGAUGGCAGAAAAGGCGUCUCUAUCUAGCAGCUCGUCACCGGGAAAGCCGAAUACGCAGGGCUUGGAACUCGCCCCAGGCCGCAGCGUGUCGCCGCUACACCAGGCGUUCACGAUAUUCCGCAAACGGGCGCUCGUCGCACGGCGCAGCUGGCUCUCCCCGCUCCUCGCCGUUCUCAUCGCUAUCGCCGGCUCGACGAUCCCCCUGGUGUUCAUCACCAACCGCGAGCAAACGUGCACCGUCCGCUUUCGCAACUCGACCAACAUCGCGCUGUUCCUCCCAGAGUCCUCGCUCAUUCCGUUUGGGUUCGGCAAUGGCUCGCGCGUGGUCGUUUCGCCGCCGGCGAUUGUCUCAGGUCUCGGAAACGCUACGAGGUUUUUGCGCGUGAAUGAUGUUGCGGAUAACGCCUCGUUUGUGGCGACUAUCGAGCAGAGCUAUAGAAAUCUUUCCUUGGGCGGUGUUUCUCUCGACGUUGAGUCGUCCAACUCGCUGGUCGCCUGGGAAGCCAGUUCCCCCGGGCUGAUGGGGCCCGCCAUGCUGAACCUUGCCUCGAAUAUUCUUUACAAUCGAGCACUCAAUUCUUCCGGGAACUCGGCGGGCACGCCGAAUAUAAUUCAGGCAAGCUAUGAAGCCUUUCCUGCUAUCAACGCUGGGACUCUAGUGGCCUUGAAAUGGGUCGCAUUCUUCGGUGCUGCCAUGGCGGUGUAUCCGGCGUUCUUUUCGUUGUAUGUUUGCAGGGAGCGCAGAUCAGCCGUACAGGCUAUGCAGUUCUCGAACGGACUGUCCAAUCCUGUGGGCUUGUGGAUCGGGCAUCUGCUCUUUGAUUCUAUUUGCGGGGUCAUCAUCGCCACAGUAGUUGUGAUUGUCUUUGUCGCCGCCUCUAAUCAAUUUCAUGGCUUGGGCCUGCUCUGGCUGGUGCUCGUACUCUACGGCAUCGUUGGCGCGCUGUUCGCGUAUUCUGUAGCCCUCUUCAUGCCGUCACCCCUCGCUGCUUUCGCCGCCGUCGCGGGGUAUCAAAUCAUCAUGUUCAUAUUAUACCUCGCUGGCUAUCUCUUGACCUUGACGUACGCUAAAAACUCCGAAGCAGGCCGCAUCAUCACGAUCAUACACUUUACGUUGUCGAUACUGUCUCCUGUCGCCAGUGUGAUGCGGGCGGCGUUGGUAUCCGUGAAUCUCUUCUCUUUGCUAUGCGAUGGCUCGUCGCCGGUGACGACGGCGUCCAUGGGCGUUAUCACCAGAUUUGGAGGCCCUAUACUCUACCUCAUUGUCUACGGCUUCGUCCUUCUUGGCGUCUUGGUCUGGGUGGACUCGGGCUCUAUCUUUUCAAGGCAUAGUCGCAGGGCUCACUCAUCCGUGGCUCCAAACUCAGACCCUACGAAGUUAGACGUAGCCCAAGAGGCCCACGCCGCGUUGAACUCGCAGGAUAUCCUACGGGUCCAGCAUAUGUCGAAAUCAUUUGGGAGCAACAAGGUAGUCGACGACGUGAGCUUUGGUGUUUCCCGGGACGUUAUCUUCGCUCUGCUCGGACCCAACGGUGCCGGUAAAACCACCACCUUUAACGUAAUACGUGGAGAUGUGAUACCCGACUCAGGAGAUGUCCUGAUCAACGGGAUUUCCGUGGUCGAUAGCCCACAGCUUGCCCGGCUUAAUAUUGGCGUCUGCCCACAGUUCACCGCCAUCGAUUCACAGCUGACAGUUCAGGAGCAUCUCUUGACUUACGGGCGAUUGAAAGGCCUAGGGAAGCAGGAGCUCCAAGUGACCAUCGACUCGCUCCUUGGUGCCACAGGCCUAGAUGUAUAUUCAGACCGUCUAGCCAGCAAACUGUCAGGUGGAAACCAGCGAAAAUUAUCCUUGGCCAUUGCCAUGAUGGGAAAUCCUAGUGUGAUCCUCAUUGAUGAAUUUUCCACUGGCGUCGACGCCAAGAUGAAAAGGGAUAUGUGGGGUACUCUUCGCAAUGUCGCCCGGGGCAAAGCGGUCAUCAUCACCACUCAUUCAAUGGAAGAGGCCUCUGCUCUGGCCAGUAAAGUUGGCAUCAUCGCUAAGCGGAUGCUAGCGGUCGAUACAACUAGCGCGCUCUCCGCUCGGUACGCACUGUAUGAAGUUCACUUUUCGUGUCACUCGAGGGAAGAUGUCCUCAAAGCGCAGCAAGUUAUGGCGCACAUACCCGGCUCCCGUCUGGCUGAAGAUGUCGCGACUCGAUUCGAAGUCCCAAUAGCAAAGGAGAACGGGUUAUCGUUGCCCGAUCUCUUCCAUACUUUGUCUAGCAACAGCGACUUCUCCGAAUACACGGUGGAGAAGGCAACCCUUGAAAGCGUGUUCUUGAAGGUAAUUCGGGCGAACAAUAUAGCAGAGGAUGAUCAGAUGCAUUCAACAAAAAGAUUUUGGUGUUGCUAG